CCACUCAGCUCUUGAUUCUGGGCCCCCCCCCUCCCCAAAGCCACCCCACCCCGCCUCAUUCUAUUAUGUGUGCUCUCGGGCUGGGUUCUCGCGCGGCCAGGUACUUAUGCGUGCGCGAUCAAGAAGUGCCCUCAAUCUCGGCGGCAAGGGCCUCGAGAACGACGAUCCGCCGGAGAGCUCGCGCUAGGGCAGCGAUGCUGGCUUACCCGAGGGCGGCGCGCUCAGCGAGGGGGACUUGCUCGCAGGGGGCGCGGCGGGCAUCGAUGAAGCCGCCUUCUUCGACGAGUUGGGCGCGUUGGGCGCUGCAGGGGCCGGGGGCGCGCCGAUUGCGCCCGGGCAGUGGAGCAUGGCGGCUCUAGACGGCGAGGGCGAGCAGGCUACGGCGAGCACGGGCAGCAAGGGCGGCAAGGGCGAGACUGAGAAGCGCACGGUCGAAGAGAAGGCUUCCGAGGAGCAGCUCAGCCUCUUCAGUCAGGAGGGAGCCGAGGUCAUGAAGGGGCGCCUGAAGUCCAAGCAUCGUACUCCGUCGCUCGCAUCAACGUGGGCCUCGGCCGCUCCAGAAAAGCAGAAGCCACCUCCAUCCGAGAAGGCCGCCAAGAAUAUUGCGCCGCUGCAGCCGGCGAGCGUUCCUGGGGUGGUCGGCGCGCUGAAGGCUGCGCCAAUCGAGAAGGGAACGCCUCCAGAUGACGCCGCUCCUCCGAAAAGGCCCGCUGAGGCGAAGGAUGAGGGUGAGAGAAAACAAUUGAAGGCGGAUGCGGCUGCAGCCGCUAAGAUUUCUAAGGAGGAUCGGAUUCGGAAUCUGAGGGGCGACUUCACCGACGAAAAGGAUCGCACUGCAUUUCUCAAGGGCCUCGGCGUUCCAGACGAGUUGAUCCCCUCGGGCGACUUCUUCGGUGGGCAGCACAGCUGCACCAUGAAGAACGAGAACGGGGCUGCGGCAUAAGUGCAGAUCCGCUCUGCAGCGUUCUUUGCGAAGAAGGUCGCUGGCAGGGAAAAGGUUGCGGGGAAACAGACGUUUUCGUGGUCCUCGGCUGGGCCUGAGACCACGUGGAAGGAGCUGCGCGCCAAGCUGGGCUGGGAGUGAGAGCCGCUGCUGGCCACCAGUCGCACCUGAUGUCGGACCGGGGCAAAGUCAGAAUUCGACUUCCCAGGAGAGAGUCCACGAUACUGGUGUUGCGCGGGGGAGCGACGUUGACAAGAGCAGCUCGUGCGGACAAUGCGAUCGUGGCAGGUCCUUGCGCUGCAGCCGCUUACUUUCUCCAGGGUCUGGGCGUCCCAGACUCCAUCAGAUUUUCGCACGCGGGCU